UCUCCUCCCGCAGACAGCCCGGGGGCCCGGGCAGCGUCCCUGCCCUCCGGCCUGUGCUCCCGGUGCCCAGGGUGGGCGUGGCCCUCAGGGCCGGCCGGCCUCCAGCUCUGGUCUCGCCUGCUCUGCCCUGGAAGAGCCAGGCUCUGGGGCAGCAGGCCUGCCUGAGACCCUCGGUGGCCUGGCCGUGGGGAGACGCCUCCGGCCUCCUGGUGCGGGGCUGCGUGGGGUGGGGCCGCCCGGGAGCCCACCGUGCUUCCACUUCCCCAGCUCGCACUCCAGCGCCCUGUGAGGACCAGAGCCCCGCCCUGGACAAGCCAGAACUGCCUGAAGUUCUGUGGCUUCCCCCAGAGUGCCUGCCCGCCGAGCCCCCGGGUUAUGACGACCCCCAAUAAAGGAAACAAGGCCUUGAAGGUGAAGCGGGAGCCGGGCGAGAAUGGCACCAGCCUGACGGAUGAGGAGCUGGUGACCAUGUCGGUGCGGGAGCUGAACCAGCACCUGCGGGGCCUGUCCAAGGAGGAGAUCGUGCAGCUCAAGCAGCGGCGCCGCACGCUCAAGAACCGCGGCUACGCCGCCAGCUGCCGCGUGAAGCGGGUGACGCAGAAGGAGGAGCUGGAGAAGCAGAAGGCGGAGCUGCAGCAGGAGGUGGAGAAGCUGGCCUCGGAGAACGCCAGCAUGAAGCUGGAGCUCGACGCCCUGCGCUCCAAGUACGAGGCCCUGCAGAACUUCGCCAGGACCGUGGCCCGUGGCCCCGUGGCGCCGGCUCGGGGCCCCCUUGCCGCCGGCCUGGGGCCCCUCGUGCCCGGCAAGGUGGCUGCCACCAGCGUCAUCACGAUAGUAAAGUCCAAGACGGACGCCCGGUCGUAGGGGCGCGCACUUGCGCGGGCGGGUCUGCGAGGGGCCGCUAGGCGUGUGUGAUUUCAGCAGCCCUGCCCCCUCCCUCCUCUGCCCCUCCCUCCCCUCCCCCCUCCUCCCUCCUCCCCUCCCUGCAAAGCACAACCCACACCCCAGGGGCGCUGGGCUGAGCCCCUUGAUCUCGUCGUUGUCAUCGUGUGUUUUGUGUGUUGGGAUUGGUCAGUUCGGCGGUGACGUGGGGUCGCCCAGCCCACUCCACGCCAAGGCCACGUGGGCUUCCAGGUGUAGAGUUGGCCCCGUGGGAACGGAUGGAGAGACGGAGCGGCCGUGGGGCCCCAGUGUCCCGAGCCGGGGCCGCUCCGGGGCAGGAGGGCCGCUCCCUUCCGGGCGGCCCACGGGCCCUGGCAGCGGCCGGGCUGGCGGGAUGCCGGGCGGUUCGCUCGCAGCUCGGCCAGCAGGCAUAGGUGGGCUCUGCUUCGAGGAGUCGGGUGUCCUCCGGGGCCCUGGACAGGCAGGCCGGCGGCCCGGCGGGGGGGAGCGGUGUCGGGUGGCCGCGGGCCCGGGCCCUCGGCACGCUCGCCUGGCGCGCUGCACUGAAGAAGACCGAGUCGCUGGCAGCGCUCGAGCGAGCGUGAGGGCGUCCAGUGUCCUGCGGUGGGCCCCGUGUCACUGUUUACACGACCUGUCUGUGUGGUUACAUAGCCCUUUAUUUAAAGAGAGAGGUUUCUUUUACGAAGUUAUUAAAUUAUAUGUUUAAAAGCUAAAGGAAAAAAAAAGCUGCAGAGUAUUUAUAAAACUGUCUUUUUACAAAAAACAAACAAGAGCAUUUGACCGUAUAAAUGGAAAAGGGAAAGAAGUAUAAUAGAAACUUUGCUAGUUUAAAAAAAGAAGAAAAAAAAACAAAAAAAAAUCCCUUUCUUGUAAACUUACAGACAAGUCUUUGUGGCUGUUGGAGUUUAGUUUUUAUAUACACAGAGUUAUCAGAUGUUAUUUAUAAAACUUAGUUUAAAAAAGACAAAAGACAAAAAACAAAAAAAAAGCCCAGCUGCGAGCGACCAGAAGGCGCGCCCGCCGCCCUCUUUGCUGACUCUUCUGCAAUUGUACCGAAAGUGACUUACUCCCCGCCCCUCCCGCUUCCGCCCCCUGCCGGUGCCCGUGCCGUGUCGUCCCGCCUGGUGAGGUCUUGUGCAGCGUCUCGUGCUGGUGCUUCUGGUGACCUUUGACCUGUGGGUGUCGCUUCUCGUGUCCGUUCUCCCGUGUUUGUUUUCGGAAUUGGUUGUGUUUUGCUUCUGCCGGCUUGCAGGGCGCAGGCUGGGGCGCCGGGCGGGGCCCGCUCCGACAGUUUCGGGGGGGGGGGGGGGGGGAGGUUCUGUGCCCACCAGCCCAGUGUCUUCGGCCUAGCUGUCUGCCCCAGGCCUCCAGGAGGUCCGAUUCAGGCGCCCCCUAGACCUGCUGCCCUUGGCUUCGCAUGUGUGUGUCAGGCUUGGGCUGAUCCAGCGGCAGGUGGGUGAAACUGGGGGCUGUCCCGGGGGCCCCGCACGCUGCUUCCGUGCCCACCACCUCUGGCCCUGGGUGGGGGCUUUGCAGAGACCAGGGAGUCACUGUGGGUGCCCGCAGGGCCACAGCCAAACGGCCCGCCCUGCCUGUCUUCCUUCUGGUGUUCGGGUGCCCCGCUCCGGCUCUGGCCGCUGCACCCCACUUUGUUCCACGUGGGCCUCAGCCGGGGCACCCAGGGGCCUACUGACCCCAGAACUGCUUCCGUGCUGCGGGGUGGUGCUUCCUGGGCAGAGCCGGCGGUUCCAGGGUCCACCUGGGGCAGCCCCUGGUGCCUGCCUGAGGGCCUGGGGUCGCCACCGGGGCCAGACAAGGGCUUCGUCUCCAGGGCCAGGGCCCGCCCUCCCUCUCCCUGAACACGUUGGCAGCUCUGGGCUUCCAGCCUUCUUCCGCCUCCCUUUGGGACCCGUCUUCCAGGGAUCCGAUGCUUGGCUUGUGGGCGUGCUUGUCUCCGGGGCUGAGCCUGCCCCCCCAUCCUGGCCUCUGGUGAAGGCCGCCGGUUUCCCAUGCCUGGCCGGGAAAGCUCCUUGUAGUCACAGGAGCCUGCGCUGUCUGUCCCCAGGAGGCCAGUGCCAUCUCCAUGGGGCUGCCGGUUGGCUUCUCUGGGGCCCCUGAACGCCUGU